GCUGUCUACAACGCAAUGUGCACGUAGCUCUUCCCGGUGGCCGGUCAUUGCUAUGAAAUCUCACCAUUGGAACCGUUUCCUAGCUCUUGUUGCUAUAGUAUGUUUAAGCGUUGAUGUAGCGUUUUCAACGAUUGUGGAAAUACAGCAACAUCAAGUUUGUAUAUUUGCAGAUACCUUGCUUUGUCGGCGGUGUGGGCAGGACAUCUCUGUGGCUGCAAACCUCAACAAUUUAGGUAGUAAACUGGCUCUGCGACAGAGGAAUGACACUAUUCUAGGGGUGAAACAGUGUCUUAUCCAGCUCUUCAAAAACCCUCAUGGUCAACAUUUUGAGCUAAUAACAGUAACAUCAGCUAAUAUCAAAAGUCUUGGUGAGGCCUUUGAGGAGCAUUCCUGGUUUCCAGGCUAUGCAUGGAGGGUAGCUGUUUGUUCUCAGUGUGGUGUCCAUAUGGGAUGGUCAUUUGAACAUCGUCAUCCUAAAGAUUAUGUGGAGAAAACUUCUAAAUUUUGGGAUGAUCUAUCCUCCCAUAAGGAACAGAAUAAAGGCAAUUCCAGAAUAAUUCACUCUUUUGUGGGCCUCAUAUACCCAAACCUUAUUGAGGAACACUAUGCAGACUCAUUGAUAGUGACACCAAAAGCAUACAGAAGUUAGAUGACAACACUUUUGAGCAGCUUUAACAACAGAAGUCAAUGGAAUAGUGCCUGAAAGUCCCUUACACUCUUGGUUUCUUAGUUUUUUUACAACUAAGUAAUAAUAUUACUCUGACUAACAGGCCCUUUAUGCAUUUGCCAAGCACUUAAUGACUUAAUGACCACAUAAGUUAAUGGAAUAGUGCCUGAAAGUUCUUGACACUCUUGGUUUCUUAGUUUUUCACAACUAAGUAGUAAUAUUACUUUGUGUGGCAGGCCUUUUAUGUAUUUGCCAAGCACUUAAUGACUUCUAAACCUGGAGCUUGUAUCCAUCCUGCAGAGGGUUUUAAAGCCAUCUUUGAUCAAAAGACUAAAAAUGUGAUGACUUCUCAUCCUAACCCUUUGGAUGACUAUAGAGCA